AUCAUUUCUUCAUUAAACUUUUGGUUUUGAGUAUAACAAAAUGGAGAAUGGGGAGCGAUUAAUGGACGAUCAAGUCGAGUUAGAAGCCAUUGAUGUGUUGAAAAAAGCUUUCAAAAUUUUAGCCAAGAAUUCCAACUUCAUCAUCCUAACCAUUCUCACAUCACUUCCUUUCUGGUCUUUUUUGGUUUAUUACGAAACUACCCUUCAGGAUUUCAUAACACAAACCUCUGAUAUCCUCGAACAAAGACCCGAAUACACCUUUAGGGAGUGGCCUAUACCAUUUGACAUAGUAGAUUUACUAGACAAGAAUUUCUGGUAUGAACUAAUCAAACUCUGUUUUCUAUACUUAGUACCACUCCAUCUCUUAGAACUCAUCACUGUGAUUGUGAUCGUUGACUUUUCAUCAAAGAUUUACACUAAAGACACACAAUCAUUGACUCUAAAGAACAUGGUACAACAACCCUUUUGUGGAGCAAAGCUAAAAGGGAGUUUAGUCACUUUAAUCUAUGUUGUCUUCUUCUCAACAUGUAAUUUGCUCGGUCUGAUUUGGUUAGUAACAAUUUACUAUUGUACCAUGUUGGGAAAUCCUUUAUAUGAUGUUCUGUCUGGUUUAGUGUUUGGGACAGUUUUUGUUUUGUUACUAGGAAAGUACUUGGAAUGGAAUGCUAUGUGGUCUAUGAGUGUUGUGAUUUCGAUAUUGGAGGAGUUUUAUGGUGUUGAAGCUAUAGCUUUAUCUGUUUAUUUCAGCAAAGGAAAUGAGCGUCGUGGGUUUGUUUUGAUGCUUGUUUUCUUUGUGUUGGGACAGUGUUUAAGGUUGUCUUGGUUCUUGUUCUAUGAUUCAUAUGGAAUUGAACAGUCUGAACUUUCCAUUGUUCCACAGAUUUGCUUGGUUUUCUUUUGCCUUGGGAAUGUUCUUAAAUGGGUUUCUUGUGUUGUUUAUUACUUUGAUUGUAAAAAUAGGAUCUUGGUGAAGAAAGUUUAUGAACCACCUUUGAUCUGUAGUGAGUUGAAUCUUGUGUUGUAACCCAAUUUUGACACUAAAAAGCUCAUGUCUUGUAUGCUUAAACAGUUUGGUUUUUGGUUUUGUUAAUGAAGUUUAAUAAAAGAUUCUUAGGAAAAAAAAAAUAAAGCUCAAAGAAUCUGUCAAAGUCUAUGCCAAGAACAUCAACUUCAUCAUCUUAACCAUUGUAAUCUCCAUUCCUUCAUCAUACUUCUCAGUUUACUAUGUAACUUUUCUACUUCAAACCUUUGAAAUCUUCUUGUGGUAGUUUACUUGUCAUUAAAGUCUAAAGAUAUAGAAAGAAGAGACUUCAUCAACGGCUUUUAAAGGAAAAAGUUUGAAAGGCAACUUAAGCACACUUAUUUAUGUUGUCUUCAACUCUUCUUGUAGUCUUAUCGGAUUGAUUUGGCUAAUAGUAAUAUACCUAUUGCUUUUAAAAAAGUAUGAGUCUAAAAUUUUGUAUUUGUUACAUGUUUUGGUAGUACUAAAAAGUUACUUGAAAUUGACUUCUAGGUGGAACAUGAGUCUUGUAAUUUCGAUAUUGGAAGGAAUAUAUGGAUUCAGGACUUGUUUUAGUGUUGAUUUUCUUCAUUUGGUGUCAAAAUUUGAGGUUGAUUUCAUUCUAUUUUGGAACAUUACCUGGAUUGUGUUGCAGAUUAGUUUGUUCUUCUUUGGGAAUGUGCUUAAAUGGAUUGCAACUUUGCAAGCACCAUCUAUUUUUAUGACCGUAAAACCCAAAUUUCAGAGAAGAAAGAUAUUGAAGUAGGUGAGAUGGAUAAGCUGAAUUUUACUCAAAUAGGCUUCACUCAUGUGUAAAAGAAAAUACUUGAGUAGAUUUUAGUUUUGUCACUUUUAUAAUGAUACCAUACUAUGAACUUCUCUUUUGACCCACACUUCCGAAAUAGGGUCUUGUUAAUAAUGCAAAUUGUAAUGAAGUGUUAUGCCAAAGUAGAGGAACAAAAUGUGUUUUGAUAUGAUUUUUGAAUCAAAUGAUCACCCCAUAAUAAUAGGAUCAAUAUCUCUCUUGGAGGGCUGUGUAAACUAAAGAUCACAGCAAAGUUUCUGAACUUGAACUCUUAAUACCAAUGAGAAACCCAAAAAAAAAAAUACAAACAUUAUCUAAAUUCAUCAAAAUUAA